AUGACACUGCAUCUCAAUAGGCUGAAUAAAUGCACGAGGGGCAGUAUUCCUGCGCUUUCUGUGCACACUUGCAUUUGCAGGAGACUUAGAGAAUGUUUACAAGCUGCAAGUGCUAGCAGCAGUUGCCCUCGACCAGCUCUUCCGCCGCUAUCGUCAGUUCCUGCUGCCUGGAUUGCUGGGCGAUCUGGGCACUGCAGCCAAGAGGGCAAUGCUGGUAGCCGUGCAUGCGAUGAAUGCGAGGGGAGUUGGCCUGGAGGAUACCUAAUUGAUGAGGUGCAUUGUUUUGGUCGUCUCACGGAAGUGGCGAGAAAUGAAAAUAAAAUGGGGUGCAUCGAUGGUGACAGACAAGACUGUACAGAAAUGCCGCCAUCCAGUGGACAGCAAAUGGGAAUCGCCUCCAAAAGCAGCCUGAGCCCAGCCGCCACAGUCCACUUCCGAUCCCGUCGAGAGCGAGAACAAACAGCUCAGCUCACUUGGUGGCACAGAGGCGGGCGUAUUUGCAUCAGCGCACGAGCACUGAUCCAGUUCAAGCUAGGUCGGCAUUCUCCUCUCGCUCCAGGUCGAGGCGCCAUACAGACAGAUACUUGA